AUGAAAUUUCAUAUUCUUGCUGCUGGUACCUUGGGUAAUUUGAUUGCACACUAUCUUCGAAAAAACAAACACUCGGUUACUUUAUUACUUCGGACGCCGGUUUCUUUGUCACAAUUUGAAAGACGUCAAAGGACAAUAACCGUGGUUCAACAAAAUGGUGAUACGGAACAAUCUAAAGAAUACGAAGCGGAAGUUUUACGUGGUUUUGACGUUGACGACUUAGUCGAUCAACAUUUUUUUUACGGUACAUGUCCGCCAAACUUACAAAUUCAGAGACUUAUAGUGACAACGAAAGCACAAGAUGUAAAGCGCGCAUUCCAAAGAAUCUUUUAUCGGUUAUCACCGGAAAGUACGAUAGUUUUGUUGACCAAUGGAAUGGGAAUUUAUGAAGAGUUAAUGGUAAAUUUCUUUUCCCAGGAUGAAAAGUUGAGGCCAAACAUUUUAAUGGGCGCUUCCACACACUUAGCCUAUAGGACAAAAGAGUUAGGUAGUUCUUAUAAUUUAAUGCAUUAUGGAAUUGGAGAAAUAGAUCUUGGCAUAAUACCUCGACGUGAAGAUUCCGAUCAAAAGGUAGCACCCAGUAAGGACAAUAAUGAUAAUAGUGAAAUAGAAUCAACUUUUCAGGAAGAGCAUUUAGAGGCGGAAUCAAAAGACUCAAUAAUAGAUGACGAUAUAGAUCAAUUACCAUACAUUCCACAGAAUUCGUUACGUACAACGUUAGAGGCUUUAACCAAUAUUCCGGAAUUACAUUGUCGACACAUCAAUGUGUUGAGCAUUCAGAAUCGACUAUUGGAAAAUUUGGUAAUUAAUGCUUGUAUUAAUCCACUUACAACAAUUUUCAGUAUUCGUAAUGGUGGAUUACUAUUUAAUCCUGGAGCAGAUCGAGUCAUGCAAGCAAUAUGCCAAGAAUCGUCUCAAGUUAUGCAAAGACAUCGUGAGUUUUUAGGAAUGAGACCUUCGAAUAGAUUUGGACCAAACAGGAUAGUCGAUGCAGUACAACAGAUAUGCAAAUCUACAAUGAACUAUAAGUCUACAAUGUUGCAAGAUGUUAUAAAGCGUAAUGUAACGGAAAUCGAUUAUUUGAACGGUUAUUUGGUAAGAUUGGGAAAAUUCUAUGGAAUACCUACACCUGUAAACCAAUUUGUAGUUGAUAUGGUUCCAAAAGAGUAA